UAACUUCACUACUGCGAAUUCGUCCUAAGGUGCCCAGCGAAAGGAGAACCACCACGACAAUAAUCUCUUAUUGACUGUGUAGCGGGCGCGGAAAGGGAUCUGGAUCAAGGCCCGGCACCCACGGGGGGCAGUACCCCUCGGCCGGAGAGGCGUCAACUGCAUCAAGUUACGGCGACCUGGGGCGACACAGAGCGGACCCGGAAAAUGGGCUUCCCCGUUAAGCGGCUGAAAUGGAGGCGACAGCUUUCUACCACUGCUCGGCAAUGCGCUGACGCUGCUCCACCCACUUUGGCCUAGACCCAACCUCCAAGGGCUAAAAAUAUUGCCCGGAGGCUUCUGAGAGGAAUCAGAUCGCUCUAAGUAGGGCACGACGCGCGGAGGCGACAGAGCUCCUCGGGCCCAGGGCGGGAGCCAGUCUCCGGAGCGGCGGUUCCGCCCACGCGCGGCCCCGCACCUAGUGGCCUCCCGCCCCCGAGCAGGUGCAUGUGGGGGCCAGUAUGAAGCUGAAAAAGCAGGUGACAGUGUGUGGGGCUGCUAUCUUCUGUGUGGCCGUCUUCUCACUCUACCUCAUGCUGGACCGAGUGCAGCAUGAUCCCACCCGUCACCAGAAUGGUGGGAACUUCCCCCGGAGCCAAAUUUCUGUGCUACAGAACCGCAUUGAGCAGCUGGAGCAGCUGUUGGAGGAGAACCAUGAAAUCAUUAGCCACAUCAAGGACUCUGUGCUGGAGCUGACAGCCAACGCAGAGGGCCCGCCUGCCCUGCUGCCCUACUACAUGGCCAAUGGCUCCUGGGUGGUGCCGCCAGAGCCCCGGCCCAGCUUCUUCUCCAUCUCCCCUCAAGAUUGCCAGUUUGCUUUGGGGGGCCGAGGCCAGAAGCCAGAGCUGCAGAUGCUGACUAUAUCAGAGGAGCUGCCAUUUGACAAUGUGGAUGGCGGUGUAUGGAAGCAAGGCUUCGACAUCUCCUACAGCCCUCAUGACUGGGAUGCUGAAGACCUGCAGGUGUUCGUGGUACCACACUCCCACAAUGAUCCAGGCUGGAUCAAGACCUUUGACAAGUACUACACAGAGCAGACCCAGCACAUCCUCAACAGCAUGGUGUCCAAACUGCAGGAGGACCCCCGGCGGCGCUUCCUCUGGGCAGAAGUCUCCUUCUUUGCCAAGUGGUGGGAAAACAUCAAUGCCCAAAAGAAAGCAGCCGUCCGAAGGCUGGUGGGAAAUGGGCAGCUGGAGAUUGUGACAGGAGGCUGGGUGAUGCCAGAUGAGGCCAAUUCCCAUUACUUUGCACUGAUUGACCAGCUCAUCGAGGGACACCAGUGGCUGGAGAAAAACCUUGGUGCAACCCCACGCUCUGGCUGGGCUGUGGACCCCUUCGGUUACAGCCCCACCAUCCCUUACCUGCUGCGCCGUGCCAACCUGACCAGCAUGCUGAUUCAGAGGGUGCAUUAUGCCAUCAAGAAGCACUUUGCUUCCACCCACAGUCUGGAGUUCAUGUGGAGGCAGACCUGGGACUCAGACUCUAGCACAGACAUCUUCUGCCACAUGAUGCCCUUCUACAGCUAUGAUGUGCCCCAUACCUGUGGCCCAGACCCCAAGAUCUGCUGCCAGUUUGAUUUCAAACGCUUGCCUGGUGGACGCAUCAACUGCCCCUGGAAGGUGCCACCUCGGGCGAUCACAGAGGCAAACGUGGCCGAGAGGGCUGCACUGCUCCUGGACCAGUAUCGCAAGAAGUCCCGGCUCUUCCGAAGUAACGUCCUCCUGGUGCCUCUGGGGGACGACUUCCGAUAUGACAAGCCCCAGGAGUGGGAUGCCCAGUUCUUUAACUACCAGCGGCUCUUUGACUUCCUCAACAGCAAGCCUGACCUCCAUGUGCAGGCCCAGUUUGGUACCCUCUCUGACUAUUUCGACGCCCUGUACAAGAAGACAGGGGUAGAGCCAGGGGCCCGGCCUCCAGGGUUCCCUGUGCUAAGUGGGGACUUCUUCUCCUAUGCGGACCGGGAGGACCAUUACUGGACAGGCUACUACACUUCGCGGCCCUUUUACAAGAGCUUGGAUCGGGUCCUGGAAGCCCACCUGCGGGGGGCAGAGAUUCUGUACAGCCUGGCUGUAGCUCACGCCCGCCGCUCUGGACUGGCUAGCCAGUACCCACUCUCUAACUUCGCCCUUCUGACGGAAGCUCGGCGCACCCUGGGCCUCUUCCAGCACCACGAUGCCAUCACCGGCACCGCUAAAGAGGCAGUUGUGGCCGACUAUGGCGUCAGGCUUCUGCGCUCCCUUGUCAACCUGAAGCAAGUAAUCAUCAAUGCUGCUCACUAUCUGGUGUUGGGGGACAAGGAGACCUACCACUUCGACCCUGAGGCACCCUUCCUCCAAAUGGAUGAAACCCGCUUAAAUCACGACACACUGCCGGAGCGCACAGUGAUCCAGCUAGAUUCCUCACCCAGGUAUGUGGUACUCUUCAACCCGCUGGAACAGGAGCGGCUGAGCGUGGUGUCUCUGUUGGUCAGCUCGCCCCGAGUGCGGGUCCUUUCAGAGGAGGGCCAGCCCCUGGCUGUGCAGAUCAGUGCACACUGGAGCUCUGCCACCGACAUGGUCUCUGACGUCUGCCAGGUAUCUAUGCCCAUCCGCCUGCCGGCCCUGGGCCUCAGCGUGCUGCAGCUGCAGCUGGGCCUCGAUGGGCACCGCACCCUGCCCUCCUCUGUGCGUGUCUACCUGCAUGGCCGUCAACUGGCCGUCAGCAGGCAGGACGCUUUCCCACUGCGCGUCAUUGACUCUGGCACCAGUGACUUCGCCCUCAGCAACCGCUACAUGCAGGUCUGGUUCUCAGGCCUUACCGGGCUCCUCAAGAGCAUCCGAAGGGUGGACGAGGAGCAGGAACGGCGGGUGGACAUGGAGUUCCUCAUCUAUGGCACCCGCGCGUCCAAAGACAAGAGUGGAGCCUACCUCUUCCUGCCUGAUGGGGAGGCCCAGCCCUAUAUCCCCAAGGACCCCCCCGUGCUGCGUGUCACUGAAGGCCCUUUCUUCUCGGAGGUGGUGGCAUACUACGAGCAUAUUCGCCAGGUGGUCCGGAUAUAUAAUCUGCCAGGGGUGGAGGGGCUGUCUCUGGACAUGUCGUCCUUGGUGGACAUCCGGGAUUACAUCAACAAGGAGCUGGCCCUGCGCAUCCACACAGACAUUGACAGCCAGGGUGCCUUCUUCACGGACCUCAAUGGCUUUCAGGUGCAGCCCCGGCGCUAUCUGAAGAAGCUGCCUCUGCAGGCCAAUUUCUACCCCAUGCCAGUCAUGGCCUACAUCCAGGAUGCGCAGAACCGCCUCACACUGCACACUGCCCAGGCCCUCGGUGUCUCCAGUCUGCACGAUGGCCAGCUGGAGGUGAUCCUGGACCGACGGCUCAUGCAAGAUGACAACCGGGGUCUGGGCCAAGGGCUCAAGGACAAUAAAAGAACCUGCAACCAUUUCCGCCUCCUGUUGGAACGGCGAACCCUGGGCAGUGAGCCUGGCUUUUUCUCCAAACUGGCAGCCAUGUUUAGGGACUUGAUCUUUCACAGCAGCAGGACCAAUAACCUUGAGGUCCAGGAUGGCCACACCAGCAGCUACCCGUCCCUCCUCAGCCACCUGACCUCCAUGUACCUGAAUAUCCCAGUGUUUGCCCUGCCUGUGGCCAAGAGGCAGCUCCCUGGCCCUGGUCUGCGCUCCUUUCAUCCCCUGGCCUCCUCUCUGCCCUGUGACUUCCACCUGCUCAACCUGCGCACCCUGCAGGCCGAGGAUGAUGCCUUGCCCUCGGCAGAGACCGCACUCAUCUUACACCGCAAGGGUUUUGACUGUGGCCUUGAGGCCAAGAACUUGGGCUUCAACUGCAGCACAAGCCAAGGCAAGGCAGCCCUGGGGAGCCUCUUCCAUGGCCUGGAUGUAGGUUUCCUGCAGCCGACCUCCCUGACAUUACUGUACCCACUGGCCGCACCCUCCAACAGCACUGAUGUCUACCUGGAGCCCAUGGAGAUUGCCACCUUUCGCCUCCGCUUGGGCUAGGGCUUCCUGUGGCCUGAAAAGAAAGUUCAUCCACAGAGACUGCCUCUUACAGAAGGUCGGGUUGGACAAACCAGAUGGGUAUCCUGUCCCGAUCUACCUCUCAGAACUGUGACACACUGGGCUCUGCCCUCAUUUUCUUUUAUCCUUGCUUCUGUGUUCAGUGGCAGCCCCAAACCCAGUGUCGGGUAGAUAGGGCAGACGCUAGUGAGAAGGUGACAAGAGGGCCCUUGGCCAGAGUGGGGGGUGCCAGCAUCUGCUUUGACUUUUGAGUAGCACCCAGUUGGGCACAGGCUCGAACAUCCACCCUUCUCCCCAAAUGGGAUGGAGGGGAAUCAGAAUCAAAACAGGUAGGGGAGGCUGAGUGGGUAGCAGCCCAGCACCACAGUAACUGUAGGCAAGAGCUGGCUCUGGGGGGGGGGGGGCCCUCUGGUUACGUAGGGACUGCUUGUCCUGAUGUGACCAGCAGGAGCUGAGUGACGGCUGGGAGGUGGGGGAUGGGGACCCAGGCUUAGCAGUGGGGUGGAAGAGGAAUCCCUACUUCCUGUGAUGACUCCACCACAAGUGCUCCCUGGCCUGCACGCCCUGCUAGGGACUGUGGUGUGGCAGGAAGGGACUUAGUAGAGAUCAUCUCAUGGCCAGAGGUCAUAGAAUACUUCAGAUACCAAAACCCCCAUCUCAUCAUGGGCAGUCGGUCUGUGUGUUGAUGUGUGGGAUGGUGGCAGGGACGUGGGGGCUCUUCCAUCCUAUCUGACCCCUCUUCACUUCCUGUGCUCUGCACACCACUGUCCCUUGGGAGUUCCUUCCCAUCCUGGGGGGCAUUUGGUCUGGCAUACUUCCUUUCCCUGGAAAGGAACUGAGGCGCCCAUGAGUGUGAGCAAUUUGAGAAGGCUUUCAGCCCCAUCCCUAUAGUCAGGAUAUGAAGCUUCACUUUUGAUACCUUCUUCUACAGAAGUGUUUGAAUCCUGGCACAGAGACUAGAGACAUGUAGCAUAAAUUAGGAGGCAGUAUGACUACUCAUCAGCCUUCAUUUCAGCUUCAAUUAAUAGAGAAAAGUUUUUGAUAGUCUCUAUAGAUGCUGAAACAAUAUUUGGUAAAGUUUAAGAUCUAUCCCUCAUUAAAAAUCUUAGUAAGUUAAGAUUAUAAAGGAACAUCCUAAUCUAGAUAAACUUCUAUCAUAAACCAGCAGUUACUGACAUUCUAGAGUCAGACACCCCAGGCAUCCCAUUACAAGUUGGAAGCUAGCCAAGGACGUACUACCUUUUAGCAGUGCCCUGGUACUGUUGCCCUUGCAGGAGAGCAGGCAGGCAAAGGAGAAGGAAGUUACAACUGUCAUCAUUUGCAGACAAUAGAACAUCUUAGAUACAAAAUCUAAGAGAGUCAGUUCUGUAAGUGGACACACACGAUAGACAUGCUUCUGUAGAGACUUCGGUUCUCAGAAUCAGCCCAUAAAUUCAAUGUAUUCCAAUGCAGUUGGAUACUUUGGGGAUUUGAUGAGUUCUAAAGUUCAUUUGGAAGAGUAAAAUAUGUGAGAAUAUUAACACAUUCUGAAUGAUGGUGAGUCGGGGGUAGGGAGCGCUGCGGGGGUCGAAGGCACGUGGCCUGCCCCAAGAACUUGCAAGUGCCGGGAGUGGUCCCUCUGACCUGGAGUGGGGUUGGGCAGGCAGAUGUAACAAAAGGCAGAGUCCAGCAGACCCCCAGGCAGAUGAGAAUUUGGCAGGAUGAAAGCAGUAUUUAAAGUGGGGAAAAGAUGGAUUGCUUAAUAAAUAGUACUUUAAGACAACCGGCCCUCAAAGUAAGAGUUAGAUCUGUAGCUCACGGUUUCCACCAAAAUUAGUUCCAGAGGGAAGAAACCAAAAAAGUUAAGCUACAAAAUUCAUUGAAGAAAAUACAGGGUAUUAUUAGACCUCUGGUGUGGGAAGCUCUGUUUUAAACAAAACACAAAACCUAAAAGAUACAAUACGGGAAGUGAUGUUUUACCACCAAAAAUUAUUGAAAGUUUAUGUAUGAUGGAAAACAUCACAGUACAACACAAAUGACAGAUUGGGAGAAAAUAUUUGCAGCACUUCCAAUAUUGAUGAGUUAAUUACUUCAGGAGCAAAGCUUGCUUUGGGGUCCCCAGGGCCUGCUCCACAGCUGCCGGAAGAUCAAGAGUUUUUCCAGGUCAUCCAGAGCUCCUGUCACCAGCAUCAAGCCAGGGCAUGUGGAAUCCUGUUUGUAUCGUAGUAGAAGAAAUAAGAUACAUAGAAAAGUUCAAUAAACAGGAACUGUAAUCUUAUUAGUAAAGGACGCUGAGCAGUUAUAUUAUAGCAGGUGUUAUUUGCUGGUAUCAUAUGACUUGUAAUCAAAUGAUAAGGGAGACUCUGUGAACCCCACUCCCACCCCAGGAAAUUAGCAGAAUAAAGGUUAUUAUCUUUGGAGGUCUUAGAUGUAUCAUGAAAUUGUUCAUCUGCCAGAAACGAUCUUUAAUCCUCCACACUGACUGGCCUUUGAAAAGUAUUUCAGGCAGUGUUUGUUAUUCAAGGUGUGGUCCAGAAUCACUAGAAGUAUUUGUUUCAGGUCCAGCUUGUUGGCCUGUCUUGGCAAGGGCCACCCCUUGCGCCUGGAUGCUGGGAUGAGGGCCCAUGGAGCAGAGACCAAGGCUCGUUGAGACUGCCCUGUAACAAGAACCAGAAAGAAACUUUCCUGUGGUGCGUAGGAGGGAAAGCCAAUUCCUGGGCCCAACCCACUGAACCAACUUCUUGGAGUAGCAGUCAGAGAAGCAGCAUUUUUAACAAGCUUCCAAGCAAUUCUUUUGCACACAUUCAUUUGGAAAUGGGCCUAUGAUUUUAAGGGAAGCAGCAGCCCUUUACCAUGGAGCUCUGACACUGAAGCCUCAGUUCUGAGGGUUAUAAUCAUAAUUAGAACCAGGACAGGAGUUCUCGCUUUGGCAGCAUGUAUACUAAAAUUGGAACGAUUAGCAUGGCCCCUGCACAAGGAUGACCUACAAAUUCAUGAAGCAUUCCAUAUUUUUAUGAACACUGGGU